UCUGCCUCCACUCACCUUGGUUUCACGGCUCGAAUCUUAAGCAGGUUAACCGUCAUUCUCCGCUAAAGAAGCUAAAGCAAGGUUAGCUUACGGCUACAUUCAAGCUAUUUUACAGUGACAAGCAUAUUGUUACGUCUUUAAAGUGCUGUCCACUAACGAGGAGGUCAGCAGUGCUGCUGCUAAACAUGCGAAUAUGGAUGAUAUUAACAUGCUACAUCACCGAUGCCUUCUGAAUCUGAGGCGCCGUAUUCGUGAUGGUCGCCCUGCUCAAGAGAGAUACGCGAGACUGCAGAAGGAUGGAGACGUGCUGAGUUACCAAGGGAACUCUGAGGAAGUGGGCUGCUAUGUAGCCGGCCAUCCACUAUCAAAGGGAAACUGCUACUUUGAGGUAACAAUCGUGGACACGGGGGUGAGGGGAACCAUUGCUGUGGGCCUGGUGCCUAAGUUUUACAGACUGGACCACCAGCCCGGCUGGCUGCCACACUCUGUAGCUUACCACGCUGACAAUGGCAAGUUAUACAAUGGGAAUCCUGUGGGGAAACAGUUUGGACCAAAAUGUGCUCGGGGCGAUCGCAUCGGAUGUGGAAUACACUCGGAAAAUUUCGAAGCAGGUGUUACAAACGUCUUUUUCACCAAAAAUGGCAAAGAGGUGGGUUUAGCAGAGGUUGCCAUGUCAGCAGAGGGGUUAUUCCCUGCUGUAGGUAUGCACUCCAUGGGGGAGGAGGUGAAGGUUGACCUGCAGGCAGAGUGGUUCCUGGAGGACAAUGAUAGCAUGAUGAUGGUUGACAGCCAUGAGGACGACUGGGGACGACUGUACGACGUCAAAGUUAGCGGCACGCUGCUGGAAUAUGUUGGCAAAGGAAAGAGCAUCAUGGAUGUUGGUUUGGCCCAGGCCCGCCACCCACUCACGACCUGCUGCCAUUACUAUGAAGUGGAGAUUAUUGAUGCUGGAGAGAAGUGCUACAUUGCCCUGGGUCUGGCAACAAAGGACUACCCCAAAAACAGACACCCAGGGUGGAGCCGAGGUUCCGUCGCUUAUCAUGCAGAUGAUGGGAAGAUCUUCCAUGGAAGUGGGGUUGGUGACGCUUUUGGUCCUCGUUGCUUCAAAGGAGACAUCAUGGGUUGUGGCAUCAUGUUCCCACUUGACUACAUUCUGGAUGGAGAAGGUGUCAUGGACGACUUGGAUCAGCUGGAAAGCCACCCGGGUCAAGCAGACGUCCAGAAUUGUCUGUACCUCAAUGAGGAGGAGGAGGAAGGGGAAGAGGAGGAGGAGGGCGAAGAAGCAGAGAGAGAGCAAGGGGGAAGGAAAGUCAUGGUGUUCUUCACCCGGAACGGGGAGCUGAUGGGCCGACGAGAGGUGCUGGUUCCUCCUGGAGGCCUCUACCCCACCGUGGGGAUGCUGAGCAGUGGAGAAAAGGUGAAGGUGGACCUGCACCCUCUCAGCGGCUGAGCCAAGAGCCCAGUCCGGAUCUGCUGAGCCAGAACACACUCCACUCAGCUGCACACAUUAACCUCACUGUCUACCACAUCAGCAUGGACCUUAUUCAUAAAAAUCUUUCAGUCACAGCUCUGCAACCGAACAGGCAGCUCCACGAUUCUGACCUGACCUGAACUGCUGCACCAUCAGACUCCUGAGAUGAAAAGUUUAUUCUAUGCAAUCUGCACUGGUCCCAAUCCCCCAUGCGGACCUCCUCCUGCAUGCACUUUGAAAUCCCCCACCAGGCAUGGAACGCUCAGCCCCUUUGUCCUGACCCCCAGCAGAGCAGAACCAGACCAACAGACCCCUCCCCCCUGGUCUGCAUCCAGGUUCUGGUGAACACGAUCAGGCUGGAGAUGCGGCUGCUGAGCAGCAUAGGACAUUCCUGGGUCAGCACAAGCAGGUUCCAGGUGAAAAUGGGUGUGCUGUCUAUGGUUGUGUGUGUUCAGGUUGUUUUUGCACUAUAAGGAUUCCGUGUUAACCAAAUUAUUAGGGAGGACUGACGUUCUUGGAGACGUCUGCUGGUUAGUUUGUACCGACACCGUGUCGCUUUUGUCGAAACUGCAUAACACGCGUAAGAUUACUUUAAAAAUUAAGGAUAUUUUUAUUUUUAUUCACAAGUGGUGAAUGUACAUUAAAGGUGCUGAAUAAAUAAAUGAGCUUAAAUUCAAAUGUUGGUGACUUUCAGGACCAGCUGGACGUUUUCUUAAAGCCUGUGCACGAUUUUUUUGUUGUUGCUGUUUUCGAGGUGUUGGUGGUGUCCUGUUUCUGUAGGACUGAUGUUUGCUGAAACCAGCAGGCUUCGCUACCAUCAGAACCAGUUCUGACCCACCAAAUAAAAUCUGUCCAGAGCAACAAAAUUCAAAUAAAGAAAACUCAUCAAGUUUA